AUGGGUUGCAACGCCUCAAGAGUGGAUGGACUUCCGGCGGUGGCUCUGUGCCGCGAGCGCUGCAACUUGCUGGACGAGGCCCUCCGCCAGAGCUACGCUGUGGCUGAAGCACACGUGGCACACAUGCAGUCCCUCAAAAAUCUUGGCCUCGCUCUCCACACCUUCUUCCGUCACUCUGAAACAUUACCAUUACCUCCUUAUUCUAAUUGCCAUCAACAUGUGCACUCUUCCUCCUCUGCCUCCUCAGGCUCAGUGGAUGAGGAUACAGAUACAGAUACGGAUACGGAUAUGGAUAUGGAUACGAAUAAAAUAUCCCACUUGUUCAACCAAAGCACUACCCGUUAUGAUUCCUCACCUCCUCCUCCUCCUCCGUCACCGCCGAGCACCUCAGAAUGGGAUUUCCUCAACUUCUUUGACACUUCUUUCGACAAAUACCAUCUCCCCUACACUACUCCCAACCCGCACACUCCUACUCCUACUCAUCAUCAUCACACUCAUAAAGGAGAAGCCAAGCAGCAGAAGCUAAAGCAGAAGGAGGAUGGUGCUGACGCUGCUGCUGCUUCUUCCAAGGAAAAGACUUCAACUUGGAACAAGAAAGAAUCGGAGGAUCCUUUCGCCAAAGGUAGUAGUUUCUCUGAGGCAAUGAAAGAGAUUCAGCUUCUUUUUGAGAAAGCAUCUGAUUCGGGAAACCCAAUCUUGGAAAUGUUGGACGUUGGCAAACUUCGAUUAUAA